AUGAGUUAUGAAAGGAGCGAUGCGUUCUAUUCGGAGCACCUAGGCUAUGAAGAACCGACCCCUAAAUACGGGCAGGCGGUGGAGAUCGGGGAACUCCGCAACUGCAAACAUUUAUGUAAUGAACUCAGAGAGCUCCGCAACUGCAAACAUAUUUAUCGAGUAUUGUGGGACGCCAAGCCCAAAGUUGAUUGGGCAGCCUAUCGUGGAGCUCCGGCUCCCACCUACUAUAUAGCUUGUUCACUUGUAUCCUUAUUUCCUAUUAACUCAGACGGCUUGGUUGCUCUAUCUUGCAAGUCUAACUAUACAAAACAAUUCCUGCAACCCUGGCCUGGGUGGAAGAAAAUGUCACAUGGUACGGCAUAUGUUGGAUUAGAGCACUUACUUAGGACUAGGCUCCCGAGAUCAAAUGGUAUUGGCCCAAUAAAGCGUGAAAGCCCCAUCCCUGUUGUAAGGCUAUUUCCACUAAACAUAAUCGCAACCGACAUCAACUUUUUGCACGCAGGGACAAUGCCACCCAAUGUACCACUUCCUUCACCACAAGAUAUUUGUCUCCAGGUGGGUAACAAAACUCUCUACAGGCAAGCGGUUGUGCCCGCACCGUCUUCCGAAAGGUUUCCAACUAUCGCUACUGUUGCCCCAACGCCCCAGGAUCCAUAUGGAGAGAAUAUCCUUGUGAUCAUACCAACCGCAAACCAAUUCAAGAAGAAGGCUGUGCAGUCUAGGAUUGAGGCACAAAUCGGACAAGACAAAAGCUCCAGGAUAAUUAUUCAUCAGCAAAGUGUCGACAGCGGCGUGGGCAAUCAACCAUACGACGAGAAGGGUUUGGAAGGUGCUUAUAACCGCAUCCGCAAUACUCUCGCCUGGCUCAAUCAUAAUCAAGGCAUUCUGGAGGAAAAGAAAAUCGGCACCGUGCUAGUCGGUGUGAUCGAAAACUACAUCCAAAGGUCGACGGAUGGGCUGUCGGCAGUUGACUAUGGUGUUGUCGUGAUUUACAACGCGACGACAGGGAAAGUGGCAGGAGCUAUUUCCCGGGGUGUUACGGUGCCUCAAACAUUUCUUGAGGAGGCUGAGGGGCAGGGAUUUAACGACGCUGGGGGGAAAAGUGGGAAAGUUACGGUUGGGGAGAUCCUGGAACAGAAUUUUGGUAUCGAUGCGGCAAACUGGCAUGAAGUGGUCUGUGGCACAUCACGUUACGCGCUUCUUGAAGAAGCGCUGAGCACUCUGCAUAUGUUCUUGAAAUCGCUGUUCCGCACUAAUGGCUUUCAUAUUUCCACGACCUCUACAAGCAAUAACUACGGAAUCUUCAUAUACGAAUUUCAUUCAGAAUAG